AUGGCUUCUACAACAGAGACGAAAGUCACACUCUACUGGCUCGAGAAAUCGCGCUCCCAGCGCAUCCUCUGGCUCCUCGAGGAGCUAAAUGUCCCCUAUGAAAUCAAGACAUUCAAACGCGGCAAGGACAUGCAAGCGCCCAAGGAGCUGCGCGAGGUCCACCCGCUGGGUAAAUCACCCGUCAUCUCCGUGCAGAGCCCUGCGACGCCCAAGCCUAUUGUGAUCGCGGAAUCCGGCAUGAUCAUCGAGUACCUCUGCGAUCACUUUGGCGGAGACAGGCUCAUUCCGAAGCGGUAUGCUGAAGGCAAGGAGGGACAGAUUGGCGGGGAGACGGAGGAGUGGUUGCGGUAUCGGUACUACAUGCAUUUUUCCGAGGGUAGCUUGAUGCCGUUUUUGGUGUUUAAGCUGGUUUGUGAUACUAUGAAAUCACCUCCUGGUGUUCCGUUCUUCCUGAGGCCUAUUCCUCGGAUUGUGGCUGGGCAGGUUGAGCAGCAGUUUGUUGAGCCGAACCUUGAGCGUACUUUUGACUUUAUUGAGGAUCAGCUCAAGUCUGCCCCUGGUGGCGGACCUUUCUUCUGCGGCAGCAAGAUCACCGCUGCCGAUAUCAUGAUGAGCUUUCCGCUUGUUGCGGCAAACACGAGAAUGCCAUUGAAAGAGAAAUACCCGCAUGCGGCAGCCUUUGUCGAGGCCAUCGAGAAGCAAGACGGAUACAAGCGCGCCGUCGAGAAGAUCAAGGAGGUGGACGGAAAGUUCGAGGCUUCUCUCUAA